UUCCGUACCUCUACCAUACGUGUGUAUUCUAAAUUGAAAGUUUUUAUGGAAAAAAGAUUUUUUGAAAAAUGUAUUUGCACUUAUUAAAUACAUGUACUUAUUAAUAUACGUACUUAUAAAGCAUAACCAAAUAUUGUCUUGUUAAAUAUAGUUAACCAUAAAAUUUCUAUUGUGUAAAACAAAAUCUCCGCUUGAAUUUUGUAGUGCGUACACAUAUUUUUAAAUUUUUAGAUUUGGUAUCCAUAAAUACAUGUAACAUGGUACAUUCAUACAUUAUGUACAUGUAGAUAUGUAAUUGUGUAAACUAUAUACAUAAAUACAUAUUUUGUAUGAAAAGCCAAUGUAUGAAACAGAAAAUUAUACUCGUUUUCAAAAUCAAUACAUUUAAAAACGGUUAAAAUGAGCUUAGUGGGUAAAACACCAUUUCAAUCAGGAGACAGAUUAGAUAUUUUAAAUUCACCAACAAGUUCCGAUGAGAGACAAUAUAUAACCCCAGAAGAUGUGUUACGUUUAACAAAAAUAACUGAAGAUUAUUUAUGCCCAACAGAUGCUAAUAUAUACGACAUUGAUUUUACAAAAUUCAAAAUACGUGAUUUGGAAAGUGGAACCAUUUUGUUUGAAAUUGCGAAGCCUGUUAACGACCAAUUUGGGUUGACAUCUGCACACCAAAACUUGCAAGGUGAUUUAGAAAAAAUCAUCGAACAGGCAACUAAAGCAACCGAAGAUUUAACUUUAGACGAACCUGUAGAUCAUAAUUCUGGUCGUUAUGUGAGAUAUCAAUUUACCCCUGCAUUUUUAAAAUUGAAGACGGUCGGAGCGACAGUCGAAUUUACUGUUGGGCAAAAGCCCGUCAACCGCUUUAGAAUGAUUGAGAGACACUUUUUUCGUGAUAAACUUUUGAAAACCUUCGACUUUGAGUUUGGAUAUUGCAUUCCUCAUUCGAAAAAUACUUGUGAGCACAUAUAUGAGUUUCCGAAUUUGCCUUAUGAUUUAAUUACAGACAUGAUAGCAAGUCCAUUUGAAACUCGAUCAGAUAGUUUUUAUUUUGUUGAAGAUCGUCUGAUAAUGCACAACAAAGCUGACUAUGCAUAUGAUGGAGGAUUGUUGGUCUGAAGUCUAAAUAUUUAAUCUUAACCUUGUACGCCACUGUAUGGAAAAUAUUGACGAUGGUCAUACUUCUAACAACACCUAGUUUAGCUUCAUUGGACGUUAAUACUAUAACAGCAGAAACUGGCUUUGUAAGCAUAAAUUUGGACAAAACAGAUUUAGUCACAAAAACGGACAUUAUUGUACACAUUAUUAACAUAUAAGAAAUUUAGGACACCUUACAAAACGUCUCCGAAAUUACAGAAAACCGAAAUUUAAAAUACAGGACAGUACUAGAGUUUGAGAUUACUCAACUUAUUGUAAAAAUUAAAACAAUUAUAGAUAACAAGAUAUAGACACACAAUUAGUAUCUUUAACAUACACUAGCAACCAGUUAACUUACAAUGCUAAUGCACAAGUCAAAGUAAAUGAUCACCUUAAUAGUGCAAUCAAUCAACUAGGGCGAUAUAUAGAAAAUGAUCGAACUUUAUUAUUAGAAAACUUUAACAAAAUAGAGAAACGAACUAUCCAGCAUAAUUUUUACAUCGAACUAAAAUUUAAAAUCCAACUUAUUAAAGAAAAAAUUAAUCAAAUUCAGUCAGGCAUGGUAUAUUCCACCCUAAUAUUCUUACGAAUCAGGAAAUCCAAAAUUGUGAUAUAGAUUUUUAUAAAUUACAAUAUGUUAGAUUCGGAGUAGCUAAAUAUCAAGAAAAUUCAUUAUUACUUUCUGUUAAAAUUCCUAGUAAGAUUAAAAAUAUUCAAUUAAAAUUAAUAAUUCCUUUAGGAAAUAGUUUGUAUAAAGAAAUUGAUCAUGUACCAGAAACCAUUUUGGAGUAUAAUAGUUUAAAUUACCAUUAUGAAGAAUCAAAAACAUUAAAUGAAUUAAAAUUGAGUAAAUAUUGUACGUUUAAAAAUAAUUACAAAAUUAU